AUGACGAAUCCUAACGACCAAAUCAUCUCAGCAAGCAAUGCUAUUCACGACCGGGAAGAAGGCGACUCGGUGUUUGGCUCGGCCGGCCCUACUCGGGUGCCCUCUCCUUUACAUGACCCUGAAAAGGCGUCUCUCGACGAUCCUGUUCCUGGGCCGAAGAAAUCAAAGUCGGAGAUUUCGUUGCAGGACCAAACGACCAGGUUAAGCACCUCGAAGCUAGUGAUUAUCUUCUGUGGCCUGGGACUUUCACUGUUCCUGUCCUUUCUUGAUUCCACCUCCGUGGCCACCGCAUCUGCGACUAUUGCGAAUGACCUUCAUGCCGGAGAGACCAUUGCAUGGGUUGGGACGUCGUAUCUGGUCGCAAAUACGUCGUGCCAACUGAUAUACGGACGGCUAUCUGACAUCUUUGGCCGCAAGAAUCUACUCCUUGGUGCACUCACAAUUUUUGCCAUCGGCGACCUCUUAUGCGGAUUUGCCCAAACGCAGGUUCAGCUGUAUAUCUUUCGAGCAAUCGCCGGUAUCGGAGGUGGCGGUAUCAAUAACAUGGCCAUGAUCAUCAUGUCGGACGUAACAUCUCUCCGGGAGCGAGCCAAAUGGCAGGGUUUCAUCGCAUCGGCUGUAGCAGCCGGUAGCGCGGCUGGGCCGUUCCUCGGUGCCGUUUUCUCCCAAAAGGUGACAUGGCGCUGGACGUUCUGGUUCACCCCCCCUUUGACGGCACUGUGCAUAUUCAUUGUUUGGACAUGCAUUCCUCUGAAACGCGUGCCAGGAGAUUUCAAGGCGAAACUAGCCAAGGUUGAUUUUCUUGGCUCCGCUCUUUCCUUGGCGGCGAAUGUCCUUGUCCUUGUCCCAAUAUCAAGCGGAGGCGCUACUUGGUCCUGGAGCUCGCCGUUGGUAAUCAGCAUGCUGACCGUCGGCUGUCUGCUGUGGCUUGCCUUCAUCGUGGUAGAAUGGAAGAUUGCCGCGCUUCCUGUGCUACCUUUGCGACUCUUCAGAUACAGGACUGUAGGCGUGAUAUUCGUUCAAACGAUCUUCGUUGGCAUGGUCUACUAUGGAAAUCUAUACUUCCUGCCCAUUUUCUUCCAAUCGAUGCUAGACAUGUCUGCCAUCACCUCCGCUUGCUACCUUCUCGCCCUACUAGUUGUUCAAACAAUAUCCAGUGUGACCAACGGGCAGAUCACCAUGCGCACUGGUCGCAUCAAACCGCAAAUUGUCACCGGGUUCGCAUUCUGGCUGAUUGGAGCCGGGCUCGAGACGCUCUUCCCGAGGAUAGCACGCGGAUAUGGCGAUGGCGGUGUCAUUUGGUGGAUCCACAGGAGCUACAUCGUCGGAUUUCUGUUUAUACAGGGCAUCGGCGUCGGAGGAACGUUGCAGACGACCCUUGUCUCCGCGCAAGCCGCCGCACCGCCAAUUGACAGAGCGGUGGUGACCGGCACCCGUAACUUCUGCCGAACGCUGGGCGGAGCUUUUGGUCUCGCUUUGUCCAAUGCGAUACGAAACAACGUCGUUAAAGCUCAUCUACCGCAGCAGUUGCCGGAUGCUCUCAAGCGCCAGCUAAUACACUCAGCUUCGCUGACCUUACCGCAGGAUCUCGAUCCUACGAUCCGCGAAGGCGUGAUCCGGGCAUUCGCCAAGGCCCUGCACAUCAUAUUCCUGGUUUACCUUGCCAUUGUCGCCAUCUGUUUCUUGUUCAGUUGGUUGAUUGUGGACAAUGGCCUCCCUGACAACGCCAAGCUUACCGCGGCGAACAAAGCAGCUGCAACGAAGGGCCCACUGGCUGACGAUCCGGCAUGCCAAAACAUCCCUGGAGCGGAUUUCAAGCCGACUCGAGCGUCCCAGUCAGUAUAAAUACCCGCCCGCAGGACUAUGACAAGUGUCCUGUUUGACAAACAGGGCACGAUGGUGAACGUGCUAUGUACCACCUCUCGGGCCGGUGGUGCGUGCCUCCAAGUUAGCAGUGUCAGUUUCCGGCCAUAGCGUGAAAGUUGGGAUAGCGUCUUUCCGACUGAUCGAUUAGCGUCUCUUAUCCCUAUUGCGGUGGUACACCGUACAGCAGACAUAUGUCGAUCUAGCGGUAGCCCAGUUUUCGUCGUACCAUCAGCGGAGGACAAUUCUCUCGCAGAGAUCAGUUCACAAGUUGAGCAUAUGAUUCAUAGAUAGACGGUUACGAGCCAUUAUAUUAUUGCCAGUGAUUAGGGGAUACGAUCCUGCCAAAAUCUACCACGCGAUAAGCGACUCGUGAGCUGUUUACGGAGUCGGGGUCGCUGUAGCCGGUACAGUGAUGUCCGCCUUGGCAGCGGCGAGCUCCUCCUGGACGAUCUUCUGGCCAAGCCGCGCGACUUCCUGGCUGAGAAGAUUGUCCUUCGCCUUGUCCAUCCGCACCUCAAUCUUCUUUCCAAUGCCAACCUCGACGCGGUCCCAAGUAACAACCCUCAUGCCGACACCUGGCAGUUGGUGCGCCCUCAGGUACAUGAUCCACCUCCUGACCACCUCCGGAUCCGCAUCCCACGCCUUGAUCGCGCGCUUGUGCACCGUCCUUUCGAAGUUCUCCUGACUCUUCUUGUGCACGAAAGGUGCGGUCGGCACCGUCCACAGCCUCCGCUGCGUGGGCAGCAUCGCAGUGCCGCCCGUCGGAAUGCCCAGCGCCGCCGCCGCGUGCUGCACGAAGAAGGCAAACUGCUCAAGCAGCGAUGGAUGAUGCGCGCGGAGGUGGAUAGAGGCGGCGGGGAUGCCGUGCGUGCGCGGGUGGUGGUAAGCAGGGAAGAGCGAGCGGCCGGGGACGACGGCUGCAGCGUACUCUGCCUCUGUGACCUCUCCCUGAUUCGUUGAGGUGGAGGGGCGCGAAGAGCGACGCCUGCCGCGAGUUGCGGAAGGAAGGGAGAGAGAAGGAGCGGCGAGGGGGUCUGCGGGAGAUUCUAGUACAUCGUCUAGCUCUUCCACGCUGUUUUCUUUGGCUGCUGAGGGAGGAGCGGCGGAAGCCGGGGGAGUGAUCGGCGCUUGCUGCUCGGGGUCAGCACUCUCUGGUAUUGUCUCUGAAGAACUCGGAGGACUUGGUGUGGUGGGGAGGUUGGCCACUGAGGGUUCGAGGUCGGCGAGGCUGGGUGCCGAGGCAGCCUCUUGAGGGAUUUUAGGUGCAGCGUCAGAAGGCAACGGGGCCGAAGCCAAGGUGGUGUCACCGGAAGGGGGAUGGGGUGCCUUCGCAAUGGCGGGUUCUGCCUCCUCCAAGGAUAUUGAGGACUGUUCCGCGCUGUGAGGGGCGGACACUGGGGCAAUCUGCUCUGGGUUCGCUGCCUCCUGCUGGUUGGACUGUGAAGCGACGUUACCGGUGGGAAAAUCGACAUUUUCUGAGGAUGCCUCCGUUCGAGUCGACUGAGAUAGCUCCUUCGGGAUGUGACCGGGCACAGUGCUCCUGGGCGGCGACGGCACUGGAUUGGUCGGCACAGGUGACGAUGUCGAGCCCUCUGUACCCGACGAGCUACUCUUCGGGUUGACGGCCGAGCUGGAGGCCGCACCCGCGGGUUUUGGAGGUGCAGCGCCGUUGGCGGACGCGUCCGAACUGUUCAUACUGUUCAUACGUCGAGCGACGGAAGCAGCGCUCCAUUGCUUGCGCGCUCUGGCGACAGCGGGGACGGCGCGCCGGGUGCCCCGGGCGAGGAUGUACAUCGGUGCAGG